AUUCCACCAUUUUAUCCAUUUCCAAAAUCGUUACUCAUAAAUCUUCUUUCUUUUUCUUUUUCUUCUUCUUCUUCUCCUUCCGAAUACUUCCAGAAUUAUUCCUACAAAAUAUAUUCUUCUGCUAUGUGAUAAUUGAAAAACCAGAAAAUUUUUUAGAAAAGAGAAGAAAAAGACGAAGAAGAAGAUGGAGCUGAGAAGCAAAUUCAUGCCGGAAUUCAAAGUCCGGCAACAACCACCGCAAUUCACUUGGCUUCUCUCGAGGCGUAAGAGAUACGAAAAGCACGAAGAACCUCUGAUCGUCCUUGCCGUUUUCAAUAAUAAUAGGGAUACAUUUCCUGCUUCACACUUUAGAUUAAAGCAUCUCGAAGUCCAUUGUAAUGAUGAUCAGCGGAUCCGACACUCUUCCUUUCAUAAGAUUGAGAGCUCAAAGAUGCCUGAGCUAUCUUUUAACCGGCUUCAACUUACUGAUGAGGAAUACUGUGGAUCACACAUCCGAAAGUUUGGUCGGUUCAUUGCUCGUGAGACGAUUCUGGAUGAAGAAUAUUGGACAGCAGCAUGGCUACGAGCAGAAGCGCAUUGGGAGUCAGUCUCUUAUAUGCGGCAUGUAGAUACUUAUAAGAGAAAAUAUGCUGAACAGGAGUUCUAUGCUCUCAAGCGGAGAUGUUUUGGGCAGGAAGGAAAUUCAUUGAAGUGCACUUGUUUUGUUGCUGUCAAGAAGGAAGAGAAGAAUGUUAGAAGAACUGUUCUGAACAGUGUUGUGGGCACUUUGGACCUGAGUAUUCGCCAGUUUGUGCAAGGAGAAGCAUAUCCUGGGGAGGUAAAAAGAGUGUCACCAGUCUUGGUGAGCCAUGACCCCUUUGAUGCACACAAGUAUGCAUACAUUGCAAAUGUUUGUGUUGCAAAGUUUGCCCGACGUCAGGGUAUUGCUACAAACAUGCUGUAUUUGGCUACUGAAGCUGCCACCUUAGCAGGUACGAAGCAAUUGUUUGUUCAUGUGAAUGCUGACAACAUGCCAGCUCAAGAGCUUUACAGAAAAACUGGCUUUAAGAUUGUUGAGGCUGCUUCGUCUCCUCUCUCGAAAGAUCAGAGGCUGCUGAUGUCCAUGGAACUCUGAGCUGUGACAUUAUGUUGCAUCAUUUCCUUAAGACUGUGAAGUUGUAGCAGUAAAAGUACUUCGGACGCAAAAGUUGAUGCCAACAGCCUGUUGGUUUUUUAAGGCAUAUUUGGUUGGCGUGAUUCAGUUACAAGAUUAUAGGGAAGCAAUGUAUACCAUAUCUGAUGUAAAUUUCUACGUCUUGAAUUAGAGGCUGCUUUUAUUCCUCUGUCAAAGAUCAGAGGCCUCUAAUGUUCAAUUGUGAUCUGAAGUUUCUCAUCAAGGAAUGAAGAUAAUUACAGCAGAUUUGUGUAAUCUGUAACAUAUGUUAAAAUCCCCAGUAUCUUGUUGGUUUUCUGCAUAAUAUUUGAUCCAGUGUGCUGUUGGUUUUCUGCAUAAUA